CCUCGAAAUAUUAGCCGGUAACUGCCGGAUUCUCGUGAGAAUGUUUCUACACUUCUUGAAUCUAGUAGGAUUAUCUUAAAGAAAUACAUGGACGUACAAAGGGGGCGCGUGUGAUAUAAGCUGAAAAGGUACAUGUACAUUGCAUGUGCGUUUGAUUGACAUGGAUAUAGUAGGAUAAGAAAAUGGCGACGUCGUCACUGCGAGACCACCAGGAGAUACUCCUGAAGGGACUGUACCAGUUCUACCGCCAAGGGGAGUUAACUGACGUCACACUGGUUGCUGGAGACCGGAAGUUCCCAUGUAACAGAAAUGUCUUAGCUGCAACAAGUCCUUACUUCCGGGCCAUGUUUACAAGUCAAGUAAAGGAAUCAGAACAACAAAUCAUAACCAUGCAUGACGUCAUACCGGAAGUGAUAGAAGACAUCUUGGAUUACAUGUACUCGGGAGUGAUUGCGGUGACAGACGACAGCGUACAGAACCUGUAUAUUGCUGCCAAUCUUUUCCAGAUGAUUCCUCUCAUUGAUAUGUGCACCGAUCACAUGAUAAGGGAGAUAAGUCUGACCAACUGCCUGGAUCUAUAUAAUUUUAGCUCAUAUCACUACAACAAAAGAUUGAAGGCACUGUGUAGCACUUUCGUUACGGAAAACUUCACAGAUAUUUGUAAAAUGGAUCAUUUCUGUUCCAGUAUUGACGUGGAGUUUUUAGAAUUCCUGAUCUCGCGAGACGACAUAGAUAUCGAGCUCGAGGAAACGGUAUACGAAGCUGUGAUGCAGUGGGUCGAAUUCGACAUCGAGGCGAGAAAACAUCAUCUAGGUAGACUUUUUAAACAUAUCCGACUUCCGCUUUUAGAAAAGCAUUAUUAUUUGACGAACGUCGCCACGAAUCCUCUGCUGUCGUAUGAUACAUUCAGCAGGACAGUGUUAUCCUACUUCAACUCUUGUACAAUGGAUAAUAUUGACGGUAUCAACGUCAGAGACGUGGAAGACGAGGAAUACGAAUUUCAAAUAUCCGGUAAGCGAAGACUUGGAAUGUUUUCUAGAAAUUUGAUUGUUUUUAGCGGUGGAGCUUAUGGUCCAACGGAACGCUCCUUCACAGCGCACGAUCCAGAAACGCGCAAGAACUACGUUGGAAUAAAACCCCAUCCAACAUUUGAUUUCAAGUUCAAACUUGAUUACUCUCAGUUGAUAACCGUGCUAAGGAAAUAUAUUUAUUUUCUUGGGGGAAUAUUUUACGAAAACUAUCAUUUUGAGGACGCUGGUCCUGCACUGGAUACUGUGUAUCUAUACGACCAAAAGACGAGUUCGUGGGUUCCUCGUGCACACAUGCUAUUCCCAAGAUGUGCGUUCUCUGCCGCCGCUGAAGGGACCAAGAUUUACGUGACAGGGGGUAAACCUACCCUCCCAAAGGGAGAAACGUUCGAUAGCCUAGAGGUGUACGACACAGAAAUGAAUACAUGGGGCCUUCUAGAGCCAAUGCCGUUACGACUGUAUCACCACACGUCAACUACCCACGAUGGCGGACUCUUUGUAUUUGGUGGGCAAGAUGUCAUGGACGAAAUGUUAGAAUGUCUAUUUCGAUAUGACAUGAAGAGUGGACAUUGGGCAAUUGUGACCAGUUCAUUACCAAAACCUCGCGUGGAAGCCUCUUCUUUGGUCAUCGGCGAUAAAAUUUAUAUUAUAGGCGGCUCUCAUCAACACGAAAAUGCUCUUACUGUAGAUAUAUACGAUCCGGCGCUUAAUAAAUGGAAACGAGGAGCUGACUUUCCUGACGAGCGGAAAUUCACCGCCGUCACAACUAUUGAUGACGUCAUUUAUGUUUGUGGUGGCGUCCGAGUGUUUGGCCGACCCGGUAGACGCUCGAGGCAAGUGGAAACAAAGGACCUGUAUAAAUAUGACGUGGAAAAAGAUAGCUGGACAAAGCUAAUCAAGAUGGUCCAGUAUGCUAAUAUAAGUACGUGUACUGUUGCUGUGGUCAAUUAUAAAUACCUCACAGAGAGUGAAUUCAUAAGUACGACAGUAGAACAAUAAAAUGAAUCAACCUGAAUUUAGGGUUUGUUCAAUUUGCAUGCACAGAUAUGUGUUAUACUUUGCAUAAUAAAAUGCAUUUUUUGAUAUGUCACAUCGUUGGGUAAGAAUAUUUCAUGUAAGUAUCUCUGUUCCACUGUACAAGGUUCCACCAUUAUAUAGUAGCCUCUCCCCUUAACUUCCGUUUGAAUAUGAUAGUAGCACAGAUGGGCCAGGGCACUUCUAUUAAGCAGUUAGCUUAAUCGGUCAGUGCGAUGGUACCACAAUCUGAACUCCAGGGUUCGAACCCCGGUCAAGCUCCGCUGAAUUAUUUACUACACUCGGAAUACUUCGAUAUUUAUAUUGUAUAUAUUUGAUCUUUAUUGUUUUUUGUAAAAGUCCCGCAAGGUAUAGUUUUCUGUUCAGAAAUGAUCAAACAAAGCUAAAGGAAAAACCAUUCCCAGUAUUUCAUUACAGAUUUUGGCAGAUUUGAUUCCUAUAGUUACAGUAUUCUUAAUUGUGAAUAUGAAAUGCGGGCCAAUAUAUUGCACCAGGCGUUCAAUUUUAGCUCAACAGUUUUAGCGGUAACGAAAAGGAGUAAGGGGGAUAACUCCUGUAAUAUGCGAAUACCAAAGCAUAAAUGAUUUACUUAGUUUUAAAUGGUUUUUAAACAUACGAGGUUUACCGGGUGAGAAUUGUAAUGUACCAUGACGUCAUAAUGACGUUCAGGGUACAUGUAAAUCACUAGUGGGUAACCAAACAUGUGUAUCAACUCCUAGAAGGUUUAUCCAAUGAGCCGUGAGUGAGGAAACAUAGGUAUGAUUGAUUUACAUUUGCUAUACAAAGGAAUUAAUGUAGUGUUCAGUUCAAAAUUUCACACUUUUCAUUGAAAUUAUUGCCUUUGAUGAGAAUUGUUUGAAUUGAGAAUUGAGGGAAUAGUUUCUCACGAACACGAUUUGUAUAGCAUGCAUGUAAGAAGGGUACUCCUAUAACAUGAGAGGCCGCUCGUCGGCCUUUUUUCUAUCGGAUAUG